AUGCUUGAGAAGAUGGUACACCCUUGGUGCCAGGACCUUGCUGUGGGUGCGGUGGAACCACCGAUCCAAGCUCUGAGAGUUUCUGACGAGUCGUUAAAAAUGGGUGCGGCCUGGCAUUAUCCUGAUGGAACACAACAUCUUUCAACUCUGGCCGCUUCUGGUCGAUCGCCUGCUUCAAUCUGGAGACCGGCAGAUCGCCUUGUCCAACGAGUUCUGAAGAGUUCGUCGGGUUCGAGCUGGAAGAAGCCACCUGGCCGAAAACGAAAGUUCUGGACUGAGGCGGUGAAAGAGGACCUGAGGACACUUGGAUAUGGAUAG